AGCGCACCCUGGCCCCGGUGGCCUCUACGUCACCAAAGUGCGACGCAUAGCAAAAACAGCGCCACAUUUUUUCCUAGCGCCGAAUAAUUUCCGACAUAUUCACAUCAAUACAUCUGUCAAGUCGGAGACUAACAAACACUGGGCAUAGAUCGGGAAUUACGGUAAUGCACCAUGAGUUUAUUUGGCACAAACUCCGGGUUUGGAACAACGGGUACUGGUGUUUUUGGAAGCACAGCAGCUGACACACAUAAUCCCAUGAAGGAUGUUGAAGUGACUUCCCCACCAGAUGACAGCAUUAGCUGCCUGGCUUUCAGUCCACCCACCAUGCCAGGAAACUUUCUGAUUGGAGGAUCCUGGGCUAACGAUGUGCGGUGCUGGGAAGUACAAGAUAAUGGGCAAACUGUGCCCAAAGCCCAACAGAUGCACACAGGCCCAGUGUUAGACGCAUGCUGGAGUGAUGAUGGGAGUAAAGUUUUUACAGCUUCAUGUGACAAGACAGCCAAGAUGUGGGACCUUAACAGUAAUCAAGCGAUGCAGAUUGCACAACACGAUGGCCCAAUCAAAUCAAUCCACUGGAUAAAAGCCCCUAACUACAGCUGUAUCAUGACUGGCAGCUGGGACAAAACACUGAAGUUCUGGGACACCCGCUCUCCCAAUCCUAUGAUGUCUCUACAGAUGCCAGAGAGAUGUUAUUGUGCAGAUGUUGUGUACCCCAUGGCGGUGGUGGCCACAGCUGAGCGAGGCCUGAUUGUGUACCAGUUGGAGAACCAGCCCUCUGAAUUCAUCAGACUUGAAUCGCCCCUUAAACAUCAGCACCGCUGUGUAGCCAUAUUCAAAGAUAAACAGAACAAGCCAACUGGAUUUGCACUGGGAAGCAUCGAAGGUCGUGUUGCCAUCCAUUAUAUAAACCCCCCAAACCCACCCAAGGAUAACUUCACCUUCAAGUGCCACAGGUCUAAUGGGACCAACACAACCACUCCACAGGACAUCUAUGCUGUCAACGCCAUCUCCUUUCAUCCUGUUCACGGAACUUUGGCAACUGUAGGCUCAGAUGGACGCUUCAGCUUUUGGGACAAAGAUGCCCGCACCAAGUUGAAGACGUCAGAGCAGCUUGAUCAGCCCAUUACAGCCUGCUGCUUCAACCACAAUGGCAACAUCUUUGCAUAUGCUUCUAGCUACGACUGGUCUAAGGGCCACGAGUACUACAACCCCCAGAAGAAGAACUACAUCUUUUUGAGGAAUGCUGCAGAGGAGCUGAAGCCUCGGAACAAGAAAUGAUUUAUCGUGCCAAGUCAGGUCUAGUGUGACGACCAGCUGCUUUAGUGUAUGUAAACUCUUAAGAGAGACUCCUUCCCUUCGACAAACGCCUGGACCAGCUGCUGUGAGCCUUUUUCCUGCGCAUGGACCAAUCAGAAAGAAGCUUACCCAACCUGGCACUGAUGACAGCUGCUUGAUAACUGGUCGUAUAUGUUAUCAUUCACAUGGACGGUUUAUCAUUCAUUUAGAUCUGGGUGGUUUUGUCAAAUGUCUAUUUUUUUUUUUUUUUACACAUCUCCAAAGACUUUUAAUUUGAUGCCACUCUGUGAUUUAGCUCCAUGAAUCCAAUUUGAAUGUAAAAUAAACAAUUAGUGAAUGAGCACA